AUGCGUCUGCGGGCAAGGGGACGUUGUCUCGUGGAGGUGUUGGUUCUAGUUUGGGUGCUGUGUGCGGUACUGGUCGCGGCGGCGGCCCAGAAGCCAUCGAUCACGGUGGAUGAGGCCGGCACGUUGUACAUCAACUCGACUGAUAAAGUGGUAGUCAACGGUGUCGACGUGAAGGCGGCCUUUGCUUUCCUUUUUGAAGCAACGGCAAGCAUGUGGUCAAGCGUCCCGCAACUCACCAUCUCCGCCACCGCUGACGGCGCCCGCUCGGUGUAUGCGGCAGAUCUGGAUGGGGACGGCGAUGUUGACGUCCUCAGCGCCAGUUCUGUUGACGACAAGAUAGCGUGGUACCGGAACAACGGCGACGGCACCUUUUCCACCGAAAUCAUCAUCUCCGCCACCGCUGACGGCGCCCGCUCGGUGUAUGCGGCAGAUCUGGAUGGGGACGGCGAUGUCGACGUCCUCAGCGCCAGCAUUGAUGACAACACGAUUGCUUGGUAUCGGAACAACGGCGAUGGCACCUUUUCCGCCCAGAUCAUCAUCUCCACCGCUGCUGAUUAUGCCCGCUCGGUGUAUGCGGCAGAUUUGGACGGCGACGAUCUGGAUGGGGACGGCGAUGUCGACGUCCUCAGCGCCAGUGUUAAUGACGACAAGAUUGCUUGGUAUCGGAACAACGGCGACGGCACCUUUUCCGCCCAGGUCAUCAUCUCCGCCACCGCUGACAGCGCCCGCUCGGUGUAUGCGGCAGAUCUGGACGGCGACGGUGAUCUCGAUGUCCUCAGCGCCAGCAUCAAUGACAACACGAUUGCUUGGUACCGUAACAACGGCAAUGGCACCUUUUCCGCCCAGAUCAUCAUCUCCACCGCUGCUGAUUAUGCCCGCUCGGUGUAUGCGGCAGAUUUGGACGGUGACGGUGAUCUAGACGUCCUCAGCGCCAUUUCUGGCGACGACAAGAUUGCGUGGUACCGGAACAACGGCGACGGCACCUUUUCCGCCCAGAUCAUCAUCUCCACCGCCGCUGAUUUUGCCUACUCAGUGUAUGCGGCAGAUCUGGAUGGGGACGGCGAUGUCGACGUCCUCAGCGCCAGUGUUAAUGACCACAAGAUUGCUUGGUACCGGAACGAUGGCCAGUGGUACUGGAAAACUCGCUUCAACUUGAUCUGA